CGUUGGGCUCCCGCCGCCUGGAAACAACCGUAGCCGGCGAUACGGCCACCACAUGAGGACAUGCUUGUACAUUCCUAAAGACACGCUAAUCCUCCCCACCUCUCCAAAUCCGCACGAUGGACUUUGAACAACCGCCGCAAACCAGAGAUCCACAGCGAGGGCUGGUGGCGCCCGAUUCAGGACGCAAAGUGUUUGCUCACUACCUCGUCGGCCUUACUUGCAACCAGCCGCCGGAGCGCUGGGUUCAAGACAUUGCUGCAGCUCAGCGGGCUGGUAUAGAUGGGUUUGCGCUCAACAUUGGUCCUUCGGACCCCUGGAACUGCACGCAGCUCGACCAUGCUUACAGGGCAGCCGAACGCAGCGGAGGUUUCUUUCUGUUCAUUUCCUUCGACAUGGCGGCUGGGAGCUGGUCAGUGCCUCAUGUGGUUAGCCUGAUCAAGCGAUACCAGGGAUCGUCUGCGCAGAUGAAGGUAGAGGGAAGACCACUUGUGUCGACCUUCGAAGGUCCCGACUGGGCCCCCAACUGGCCGACCGUGCGUCGCGAGACGGGUGGCAUAUGUCUCAUACCAGACUGGUCUAGUCUAGGCCCGCAAGGGGUCGGCCAGCGGCUAGAUCUGAUCGACGGUGCUUUCUCCUGGGACGCCUGGCCCAAGCCGGGACAAUCCAAGAUGACUCUCGUCGAGGACCUUUUGUACAUGAAGAGCCUCCAAGGGAAGAAGUACAUGAUGGGCGUUAGCCCAUGGUUCUACACAGAUCUGCCGGAGUGGAAUAAGAAUUGGUACUGCUCGAGCGAGUCUCUCUGGCAUGAUCGUUGGCAGCAGGUCCUUGAUCUCAUGCCUGACUUUGUCCAGAUCAUUACUUGGAACGAUUUUGGCGAAUCUAGUUACAUCUGUGACCCUGCGCCUGCGCAAGUGGUCAAGGGAGCGGAAACGUACGUUUCUGGGCAUUCCCACGCAGCUUUCAGGGCGGUUCUGCCCUAUUUGAUCGCUGCAUACAAGUCCGGAUCUACCAAGAUCGAUUGGCAGGGACCGGAAACCGCGAUCGCUUGGUACCGCACCAGUCCGGUCCAGACACAAAAUCACCAUGGAACCGUUUGGGGCCAGGGGGGGACAAUUUCGGCUACGCAUGGCGCCAAAGACGUGGUAUCGGUCAUGGCGGUAACCAAGGGGUCUGCAUGUAUCACCGUCGCGGUUGGCGAUUUGUGCAGGCUAACAUUUGAGACAUCGAGCCACAAACGUGUCUCAUACUUUGAGCUACCAUUCGACCGCCACACCACGGGCCCUGUAUCGCUCGUCCUGAAUGGAAGAAAAACGAUAGGGCCGGAAAUCCGGCGCUGGCAUGGUGACGGGAAGGCUUCGCUCAAUGCUGUUGCCAUCCAAGUCUGAAGCACAUCUAAAUUAACUAGUAGUCACCGAAACAUCGGCCGAGCAGACUCGAGGGUCUUGAGGAAGAAGAGCGUGAAAGAGGGGUGCUGACCCUCUUCGGCCCUCCUUGCCUCGUUUCCCGUAAGAACCUUACUGCUGGAUGGUU